AUGGAUGCUCAGUAUCCUUUUGCCUCACGCGACGAUAUUUGGCGCGUUUUUGAAGAGUUAAAGGAGCUCCACGCCACGCAGUACGAUCAGGCAGAACGGAUUGCGCGGCUUGAGCGACGCAGAGACGAGGAUGCAAGGUUGAGAAGUGUCUGGGGCCCUUUGUCACCUUUUCCAAGUUCUGUUGCGGGCACAGUAUUGCCCACAGAAGCUGUGUUUCAUUCUCCCGCCGACGCAUUCAAGGGAUUCGACCAAGGGCAACAUCACAGCGGGGUGGCAAACAUGGGUUUAGAGAACGAAGACGAACCAAGACGGGGGACAUCCCGAGCUAAUAGUGUUCGAUUUGAUGAGAGUGCCAUUCACGGGUAUUAUGGACAGACCAACCGAUCGAGCAGCGAGCUGCCCCUAAGGACCGGGAGUGGUAUGGGGUGCCUUCCUCUCACCGAACGAUCCUGGUCGCACCGGUCCGAUGGGAGGCAAAGUUCCUCGGGCCAUUCUCAUCACUCAGUCCGAACCAACAGUCUGGGGCUGGAAACGACAAGUAGGAUGAUGAGCUCCAUAAUGAGCGAUUCGCCUCUCGUUCCCCCUCCUGGUUUAUUCCUUCUCGGCCCUGUGCCAGCGAUUAUCCGGUGCUGGCUGACCACGAACUUCUCCAACGACUCCCUUCUCUAUGCGGCGGUCUGCUCUGGAUCAUAUACAUCUUUGCUCGGGUAUCCAAUGAUCCAAAAGCUCGGACUUGAAGACCACUUGGUGCGGGACGGGGACUUCCAGUUCAUCAAGCUGCCAAUGUAUCUGCCUGAAGCCAGCGUUCACCAAGCGUCGUCACGUUCCAAUAGCCCAAUGCCUCAGGUUCCUACUUUGACCAUUCGAUUUCUUGUUCGUCCGGUUGAUCCCAAUGACAACUCUAUCCAAAUCAUUCUUGGAAGUGACAUCCUCCGCUCCCAUAAUGCCGACAUCCUCUUCUCACAGGACAAGAUCAUCAUGGUGGAUGACGAGAAGAAUAAGAUCUCUAUCCCUCUGGUACGACCUGAAGACGACUCUGUAUUCAAGAAUUUACAAACGGGAUCAAGAGCAGCACGAUCAGAUUUCACGGGCCAGGUUCCUGAAUCGAAAGACGAGCGUGCUAAUAUAAACGGGCAUUCGGCUGUUGGUGUCAUCAGCAAGCCCACGAACGUUCCUCUACCGUCCACCUCUGCGCCCUCUUCGGUCCGAAAUUCCAUUGAAGGCCCGGAAGACCUUCAAGUCGCUCGUUUCUCAGAUACUCAAGAACUUCCCAAGGAAUCAGAUGGCUCCCAAGCUCAUGUCAAGCCUGCUGUCGCAUCUGACACGCAGCCAGGAGGUGUCUCCAAGGCAGAGCCAGCUGGGGUAUGGGGCUCGUGGAAGCGUGACGCAAAAUUUGACCCGAACGCCCCUGGAGCGGGGAAACCCUCUCGGGGACGUACGAUGAAAGUGCUGCGCCCUUCCAAACCGUCAACAACCCGAACGCCGCCGGUCACCACCGGAUCUGGUAGCUCGAGUGUGGAAAACAUAGGUCCGUCAUUUUCGCAACCUACGUCCGCGGUCACAUCGCCUGAUGGCAGCCGGACAGGAAAGCAGCUAGCCCCCAACCCAAUUGGCGGCGCUUCUGCAUUUCCCUGGCUGAAUUCAUCGUGA